GAAGGUGGAAAUUAACGAGCAGGAAGGCCUGUCUUUCUUCGAUGCCGAGUUUAUUCACCCCCGCCAGGAGCGAAGGCCUACAGUCAACACGCCUUCUUGCAUCCUGCAUGUGGUGCUGCAGCUCCAGCCAGCCGCAGAGUCCAAGGGCGAGGCAGAGGGUCGUGAGACCACCGGUCCCCUGGUCUGGGAGCCCACGGAUGAAAGUGUGGAGCAGGCGACAGCCGCGAUUCGCCAUGCCCUUGUCUGCGGUGAUGAGAUAGGCCAGUCCAGCGCGGACGAGAUUGUGUCAGAUGAGUGGUCGCCAGUGCGGCGGGCGCUUUUAGACUUGGCGCAAAACUCGGACCUCACGUUCCUGCAGUGGAACGCGCGUGCCGAUGAGUACAAGGUAGGGGAGCCCACGGACGAGAG